UUUGUAUUCCAGUUCCGGAACCGAAGUUUUUCUGAGCCGCUCCAUGAUUGCAGAAUAUCAGUAUUCAGAUCAAGGCUUCCUCCUUGUCCUCAGACUGGUAUACUUUUCGCGUUUUUUGCGUUAAUUUUGCCAAAAAUAACGCAUUGCGCUAAUGCCAAUAAUAGGUUUUUUCACUUUUAUUCUUCUUCGCCUUUACUUUUUAUCUUUUUCUCAUCUUCCACUUCCUCUUCUUUGCUCUUCUUCUUCCUUCAUUUUCGUUCUUCUCCAUUCCCCUUCAAUUUUUCUCUUCAUUUUGAAACUUCCUUAUUGGCAUUUUGUCGAUUUUUGUUGUCUUGGCAUUUUGUCCUUCUUGACAUUUUGUCCUUCUGGCAUUUUGUAUAGACAUUUCUUUUUCUUUUUUCGUCAGCCAGACAGUUUAGUUGUUCUGCCCCCAUUCUCUCUUUUUUAA